AGGAAAAAGAAACCAAAAAGAGAAAAAAGAUGGAAAGUUCAAGUUCGUCGAGUGAAGAAGAAGAACAAGAAGUGCAACAAGAAAAUGGCGGUGGUGAUGACAAUAACGACGAUGACGCUAAUGAGAUGAAUCACAUGCAGGAAGAACAAGAAGAAGUGCAACAAGAAUAUGGUGGUGGUGAUGACAAUUACGACGAUGACACUAAUGAGAUGAAUCACAUACAGGAAGAACAAGGAGAAGUGCAACAAGAAUAUGGCGGUGAUGAUGACAAUAAUGACGAUGACGCUAAUGAGAUGAAUCAGAUACAGUUUCUAAUUGACGAAGAACUUGACAAUUUUGGAUUAAAUGAUCAUGAAAAUCCUGGACCAAAUGAUCAUCAAGAUGCAGAUAUUAUGGAUGACAUUUGGGAGCAAGAUGUUCGUCAUCGAGCAGUUCUUUACAUUGUAUCAGUUAGUAAUCAACAACCCAAUGUCUCUAUUUUCUUGAUAAAAUUUAUACGUAUGUGUAUACACUACCUACACUCCCUAAACCCCACUUGGCAACUACUUCAGUUUCGUGUAGAAACACUUUACUCAGCAGUGUUAUAUGUGGACAGAUUUCUCUUUGAGCGUAUAAUAGCUGUUGGACAGUACAGGGAGGUGAGAUUAUUAUCAGUGACAUGUUUAUCAUUAGUCGCACAAGUGGUUGAAGGAAUAGAAAAUGUGCCACCAUUAGCACAUUAUCCAUUAGGAAAUUUCGUCAUUACUGUGGAUCAAAUAAGGGAAUUUGAGUUAUUGGUUCGUGGUGAUCUAAAUGGGCAUAUGCAUUAUGUUAUUCCUUUUGAUUUCAUACGAUUUUUCCUACCAAGAUUCUGUAGAGAUGUUCCAAGCAGAGACUACACAAGAAUGAGAAUUGAUGAAGUCAUCAUGAGUGCUCUUCGAGAUGUGAGGAUAAUGAAUCAUAGACCAUCUGUAAUAGCAGCAGCUGCAACAUUGUUAGCAGUGAACAGAAAUUUGACUAUUGAACAAGUGGGGAUUGAGAUAAAUGCCUUGCCUUAUAAUGGACUUAUUCUAGUUGUAAGUUUUCGUGAUCCUUUUCUAGAAAAAGUUUAUAUUCUUUUUUUUUUUCAUACUAUUUUUUUAUAAUCUAAUGGAAUUUCUGUGUUAAUUUCAGAAUCGUGUGUGGUACUGCUACAGUAGAUUUCGAAGGCGGAACAGGCACAUAGGAGGAGGAUGACAAUUGACAAACAAUCGUAGCAGCGGAAACAUUAGUGUUAUAAAGAACUUUUUGGCAAGAAUUAUCUCAUGUUGCAGAUUGUAAUUAGCCUUCUUUCUGUUAAAUAUAUUGGAUAUAAGCAAAUAGAUUUUUUUGGAGAGAUUUAGAGGAAGCUGAAAUCUCAACAGUGGGGUAAAUAGGUGGCAUAGCUGUUAAAUGAAGAGUCAGUAGGGAAUUCAUUGAUUUCUUCACAUAUGUUGGACUAAUUGAUUGUUAAUACUUGUAUUUU